AUUCGUGAAAUGCUGCCUGCGAAAACCACAGUCAACCGCGACAUUCUGGUACACACAAGUACGCUCCCAAAAAAAGUGAAAACGAACUUCAAGCAAAUGCUUUCUAACUCCUUGAAGUCAUGGAAGGAACUUGGUAUAGAAGUCGCUCACAUCGGAAUAAAUCUAAAGGAUGCAUUUCUCGUGCCACUACUAGCUAGACGAGGAUUCAAGUUCUCUUUUGUAACCGAUGAUGGACUGACAAUGUCAAGAUGGGUGCCAGAUACCGCAUCUCCUCUUGUGCCACGUGGCUCCUACCAUCACUGCGUUCAGUGCUUGGUCGUGGACAAGCUGGGCCGUAUUUUGGUGAUCAAGGAACAAAAACACACCGACUCAGCGUGGAAACUUCCCGGUGGAAAAGCUCAAAACUGCGAGAAAAUAUUUGAUACUGCAAAAAGAAAGGUCUUGGAACAGACGGGAAUCCGUGCUACACCCGAUGCCAUUAUCUCAGUGAAGCACAGAGCUGCUUUGCCGCACUCCAUAUAUAUCGGUACAUUUUUCUUCUCUUGCUUGAUGCAUACUGAAGAAGACGCUGAUAAACAAGAUGCUUCCCAUCAUUCUCACGAAUAUGUCGCGUCAUGGUUCACCAGAGACGAGUUGAGAUCCUUUGAUAUAAAGGAUUUUUUCGAGCAACAUCGCAACAUAUUCCUACAGUACGACGAAUGGUUGAAGUCCAGUACUGGCCAAGAUACUGCUUUCACUAAAGAUGGAUGGCGUUUUCACCACUGUUCUUUUUUUUCUGAAGUCUAG